AUGCCAAAAGGCGGGAGCUGUGCAAUGCUGCCAGUGACAGCUGGAGUCGCUGAUGAUUUGAGUCGACUUCUUCGCGUAUUCAUUGCUGGUCGAAAAUAUCAGCACGCAGACUUCAAGGAACUUUUCAAAAGAAUGAAUAUGGUCACGAUUUUCAAUGGAAGAGAUUAUUCAGCGGAGAUUAUUGAGGUAAGGGCAAUUUCAAAGAAAUUUCCAGCAAAAAAUCUUUUUUUUCAGUUCAACGAAUCACUUCUCGCAGAAUGUGUUGUGUAUUUGGAGCCAUAUUCUUCGCCACAAGUUAAAAGAUGUUUUGAAGAGCGGCUUUUUGGUUUAUACACAAUUCACACUUUCUUUUAUCUCCAACAAAUGGACCAUGUUAUGAAAAUUCGUAUGGAUCCAGAUAUUUAUCAACAUUUCAAUUGUUUUGUUGAACAAUGUCGAAUUGAGGGAUAUUUAGAUGCUUUUGCAUGUGGAGCACAAUUGAAAAGGGAUAAGGCUUUUAAAAUUGUGGCUUUUGUUGGAUAUGUGAGUGCCUGAACCUGGAAAUUUCCCCAAUUUUUUGAAAAUUGGGCAAAUUUUCAGGUUCUGGCGCAGCAAAAUCUAUUUCUUCAAUAAAAUCUGGUUGAACCUGGAAAAUUCCCCAGUUUCUCAGGAAAUCGGGGAACUUUUCAGGUUCAGGAACCUGGAAUUUUGCCAAUUUUUCAAAGAUUGGCAAAGUUCGGGGUUCUCGAAAAAAUCAAUAAAUCAAGAAAAACUGCCUGAACCUGAAAAUUUCCCCAAUUUUUCGUUAAAAAUGAAAAAUUGUGGAAAUUUCCGGGUUCUCGCGCAGGGAAAUCUAUCGCCAAUUUUUAAUUUUGAUUAAGAAAAAUGCCUGAACCUGGAAAAUUUCCCAAUUUUUCGUCCAAAACGAAAAAUUGUGGAAAUUUUUGGGUUCUCGCGCAGGGAAAUCUAUCGCCAAUUUUUAAUUUUUAUUAAGAAAAAUGCCUGAACCUGGAAAUUUCCUCAAUUUUUUAUUAAAAACGAAAAAUUGUGGAAAUUUCCGGGUUCUCGCGCAGGGAAAUCUAUCGUCAAUUUUUAAUUUUGAUUAAGAAAAAUGCCUGAACCUGGAAAUUUCCCCAAUUUUUCUUUAAAAAUGAAAAAUUGUGGAAUUUUCCGGGUUCUCGCGCAGGGAAAUCUAUCGCCAAUUUUUAAUUUUGCUAAAAAUUGUAAAGAAAAAUGCCUGAACCUGGAAAAUUCCCCGAUUUUUCGUUAAAAAUGAAAAAUUGUGGAAAUUUCCGGGUUCUCGCGCAGGGAAACCUAUCGUCAAUUUUUAAUUUUGAUUGAGAAAAAUGCCUGAACCUGGAAAAUUCCCCAAUUUUUGAUUAAAAACGAAAAAUUGUGGAAUUUUCCGGGUUCUCGCGCAGGGAAAUCUAUCGCCAAUUUUUUCUCUCAAAAAUCAAUAUUUUCAGCACGAUCCAGUCUACCACCGUAAUUUCGACACUGAAACAAAUCUCAAAAAACUGCCAGCCGCCGUAAAUCUCGAUGUUCCUUUUGCGAAUCUUCGAAAUCUUCUGAAAACCGAUAAUUUUCUUCUUUUGGAUGCGAUGCAUGAGAAAUAUGUGAAAAUGAAACGAGAUUUGGGUGUAAAAUUCGAUGGACCUUUGGAAAAUCCGGUUAGAUUUAUGGAAAAAGAUUUGGAGAAGUUAGAAGAUGAAUAUUAUGAGAAAAAUCGAGUUAAGGAUAUUGUUGAGGUAAGGAGGAAAGUGCGCCCCACUGAAAUAUCGAUUUUCCAACUAAAACCCGAAAAAUAGCAAAUGCGCUCUAUUGAAAUAUCAAUUUUCCCUUAAAAAGUCAAAAUUUUUCUUUAAAAUGCAAAUGCGCCCCACUGAAAUAUCGUUUUUUCAAUGAGAAUUCAAAUUUUCCCAAGAAAAUGCAAAUGCGCCCCAUUGAAAUAUCGAUUUUCCAUGAAAAAUUCAAAUUUUCACAAGAAAUUGCAAAUGCGCUCUAUUGAAAUAUCGAUUUUUCUUUCCAGGAACCCGCCGCAGUCCCCGAAUCAAAUCGCAAUAGAUUGGAUAUCAAACAUCAAGCCUAUACAUCAGAUGUGAACUUCUCGAGGACAAGAAGACAUCGAAAUGCGCAGGGUAAGAGAAAUAUUGAUUUUUUGGCUAGAAAAUCGAUAAUUUUGAGCUAAAAUUCAUGAAAAAUCAAUAAAUUUUUGCAGCCGUCCACAAUCCUUCACAAAUGUUCGAUUUCAUCAAUAAUAACGAAAAUCCGGCGAAAAAAUUGAAAAAAUCUGAAACUUUGAUGGAUUUGGCUGCUGAAAAUGAUGAAAAACCCGAAAUUCCGGCUGAAAAACCGAAAAAAUCACGAAAAGCUGAAAUUUCAGCCAAGAAAUCGAAAAAAGCUCAAAAUAUAGAUGAAAAACCGGAAAUUGAUGAUUGGCCUGUGAUUCCACCGGAAAGUCCGAGAAGAUCUUCGAGAAUUGCUGGAAUUUCUGCGAAAUCCAGAAUCUGAAAAAAUCGAUGAAAAACCUGAAAUUCAACCAGAAAUUGCUGGAAAAACUGUAAAAGCUCAAAAAUCUGCUGAAAAACGUCAAAAAUCAUCUGGAAAUUCGAAAAUUUCACGAAAAUCUGCUCCAGAAGCUGAAAAAGCUCGAAAACCUAUUGGAAGACCAAAAAAAUCUGUUAGAGCUCAAAAAUCCACUCCAGAGCCUGAAAUUCACGAAGAGAAGCCUGAAAAUGCUGAAAAUUCAUCAAAAUCCACCCCAGAAGCUGAAAUUCAACCUAAAAAUGCUGAAAAUUCAUCAAAAUCCACCCCAGAAGCUGAAAAUGUGGUCAAAAAGGUUGGAAGACCAAGAUCGAAAUCUGUAAGAGCUCCAGAAUCUGCUCCAGAGCCUGAAAUUGCACCAGAAGCUGAAAAUUGUGAAGUCAAACUCGAAAUAUCUGAAAAUCCACAAAAAUUGGCUGAAAAUGUUGUAGAAGUGAAACUGGAAAUUGAGGAAGCGGAAUUUUCGAAUUUUGAAGUCAAAAUGGAAAUUGAGGAAAAUGAAGAAGCUGAAUAUCCGGGAAUUUUGAAAAAAGUGAGUUUUUUGAGCUGAAAAUUUGUGAUUUUCAGAUUUUUUUGGUUUAGAAAAUGUAAAAUUAUCUGAAAAUUUGAAAUUUUCAGAUUUUUUGGGUCUGGAAAGUUCUGAAAUUUUUAUUUCUACUGAAAGUACUGAAAUUCAUAAUUUUCAGCUUAAAAUUCAAAGUUUUUAGCUGAAAAUUUGAAAUUUUCAGAUUUUUUGGGUCUAGAAAAUGUGAAAUUGUCUGAAAGUUUGAAAAUUUAAGAUUUUCAGCUUAAAAUUCAAAGUUUUUAGCUGAAAAUUCAAAGUUUUCAGAUUUUUUGGUCUAGAAAGUUCUGAAAUUUUUAUUUCUACUGAAAGUACUGAAAUUCAUUGUUUUCAGCUCAAAAUUCAAGGUUUUUGGCUGAAAAUUAGAAAAUUUUAGAUUAUUUUCUGGUCUAGAAAAUGUAAAAUUAUCUGAAAAUUCGAAAAUUUCAGAUUUUUUGGGUCGGGAAAGUUCUGAAAUUUUUAUUUCUACUGAAAGUACUUAAAUUCAUAAUUUUCAGCUCAAAAUUCAAAGUUUUUGGCUGAAAAUUCUGAAAUUUUCAGAUUUUUUGGGUCUGGAAAGUUCUAAGAUUUCAAUUUCUUUUGAAAAUCCUGAAAUUCAUGAUUUUCAGUUCAAAAUUCAAGGUUUUUAGCUGAAAUUUUGAAAUUUUCAGAUUUUUUGGGUCUAGAAAAUGUAAAAUUAUCUGACAAUUCGAAAAUUUUAGAUUUUCAGCUCAAAAAUUCAAAGUUUUUGGCUGAAAAUUUGAAAUUUUCAGAUUUUUUUGGUUCUAGAAAGCUGUAAAAUUGUCUGAAAAUUCAAAAAUUUCACAAAUUCGCAUUAUUUUUACUCAAAAAUCUUGUUUUUGGCCUGAAUUUCAUGAUUUCCAGCAUUUUUGUGUCUGAAAAUCUCAAAAAAUCAAUAAUUUGUAUUCCAGACUCCAUCUUCUCUUAUUCGAAUCCCAAAAAUUCAAAGUCGACGAAAAAGUGUGCAAUUUGCUGCUGAAAUGACUGAAAUUCGAGAAUUUACGCCAACUCGUGAGAAUUUUCGAAUUUUUGACUGAAAAUCUGAAAUUUAUCGAUUUUUUCCAGCUCAACUUUCACCCGAAUAUGCUCAAAAUGAUGAUUGGGAUUUUGAUGAAUUUUCAGCUGAAAAUUUUCCAGAAAUUGCUCCAAAUCCAGCAGAAGAAGCUGAAAAUGAUUCAGAUUCUGAUGAAAAUCCACAAGAUGCUGAAAUUGGACUGAAAAUUGAUGAAUUGAGAGGUAUUUUUGAGAAAAAACCUGAAAAUUUGGCUGAAAAAUCGAUAAUUUCAAUUUCAGUUCCAAAAAUCGAAGAAGAAUCACCAGAAGCUGCUCCAAUUGGUCGUUUUCGAUCAAAUUCAGAAUUAAAUGAUUGGAUGGAAGAUGACUCAGAUUAG